UCCUUCCCCGCUUUCCUUCAGCUCCCUUCACCUUGAGGGAAGGCGGGCAGGGAGCGGCCUCAGUGCAGGGGCUGCGGCGGGAGCUCCUUCCCCGCGGAGCAUCUGGGGCGGCGGCUUUGGCGCCCGGGCUGCCGCAAGCGUGCGGUGGUAGGCGCGUGAAUGCCGUGUGUGUUUCUGUAUUGCCUUUAAAGGGCGCCCCGACUCUGACAGACCCCGUCUGAGGCGGGUGCCCGCAGCUACUUCCUUCCCGGGGCUGUGUGAACCUCGCUUAUUUUAUCAGGAGAAAGAGGGUCACCACCGCUUGUGUGGAGCGGAGCGGCCUCCGAGAGUAGCGAUGACAGCUCUGGAAAUGCCCCCCUCCUGCAGCGGGACCCCUCGGGCGGGCGGCCGCAGCCCCUGGGGCCACGCUUAUGGCGACUCGAGGGUGGCUGUGUGAAGCCACGUGUUCCUUCAGUGCCUUUUGGUGGUGGGUGCAGAGAAUUAUCACUGCUCUGUUAGCGAGCUGAGGCAGGGCGCUGAAGUGAGACCCUCAGGCCAGCACACCUUUUCUUGCUGACGUUUAGUAGUGAUUUUGGUUGUUUUAUGUGUUUUUAAAUGGAGGGUAUUAACUACGAUCUGAUCAGGUGCGGUUGUAAGUGCCACCUAAAGAGUACACAUGGGUGUAGCGUGUGCCUUUUGGUGUUGUUUUUCCUCCUUUGAAGAGGUUUCUGCUUUUCUGCCCCAGCAUGAAAAAUAAGGUGAAUUACUUUAACAAACUCUACGAUUGUUCCAUCUGUCUUUACCUGGGGCUUAUUGUAUAAAUUUCACCAGAUGUUCCUCUCACUGCAGCAUCUUUGUGCACUCCCAGCCUAAAUCAAGACUGAUCAAAGUCCCUGCUGGGAGCUUACUUCUGAUUUUUUCCUUGGAAAUAUGAAAAUAAUUAAAAAUAAGAAAACCACGAAAAUAUUACUUACUACCAUAUUGAUAAACUAUCAAGUGAAAAGACUGUCAUAGUAACUUCUCUUUCAUACUUUUUUACAUGAGAAACAUACCUUGCCUUUUUUUUUUUAACAGAUGUUACAACCAAUGCUAUUUGAUCAAAAGUUUGUUGGUAGGAUUUCUUUUUUAUUGUGCUAAAGAUGGUGUGCUUGUAUAUGCAAGUACAAAAUACUUGGUUGAACAGAUCUUUACAGUGGGAAUUGUUUUUGUUGCACGGGCUUCCUGUCUGUUAAGCGUAUAUAUGGUAGGGCAGUGAUUCUUCUCUCACCAGAAAAGGAAAAACAUGUCCUAGACAAACUCUAAGCCUUUCCCAUGUAAAUGUUCAGACUAUGAGGUGCCUAAAUAUAUACAUUGCAAUGAAUAAGCCUUUGCUCUGUUGUUGCUUAACUCCCUGAAGACUUUGAUGCUGUUUUCCUGUAUAGAACAAUCUUGAAUAUUGCUCAUAGGGCCAGUCAUUGUGUUCAGAAAUAGGAACCUUACAUCUGGUGUAUGUAAACAGCCAAUAUAAAGCUGUGUUACAGUGAGAGUUGUUUUAUGCAAUCAAGAGCUGAGGAAGACAGAAGCAAGAGCACCAGAAAUCUUUGCUAAUGAGCAGAUUGUGAUUUGGAGUCGUGGAGAAUUCACAGUCUUUCCACAAUGGCAGAAAGGACAGAUUAUACAAAAUCACAAAUUUCACUGGCUGAAUACAGCCCCGUCAAUAAAUCAGAAAGGACAGAUCGAAGUGGAACAGAGGAUGGAGACCAAAAUACAUUGCAACUGAAGAAAGAAAUAUCUUUAAUAAAUGGGAUAAGCCUUAUAGUAGGCAACAUGAUUGGUUCAGGUAUCUUUGUCUCGCCCAAAGGAGUUCUUAUCUACAGCAAAUCUUAUGGAUUGUCUUUAAUAAUUUGGGCAAUUGGAGGGAUAUUUUCAGUCUUUGGAGCUCUCUGCUAUGCUGAACUGGGAACCACUAUUACAAAGUCAGGAGCCAGCUAUGCAUAUAUCUUGGAGUCUUUUGGGAGCUUCAUUGCUUUUAUUCGUUUGUGGACCUCACUCCUGAUUGUUGAACCAACUAGUCAGGCAAUCAUUGCCAUCACCUUUGCUAACUACAUAGUUCAGCCUUUCUUCCCUUCUUGUGACCCUCCAUAUGUGGCUUGUCGUCUGAUAGCAGCUGCUUGUGAAUGUCUUUUAACAUUUAUAAAUUGUGCCUAUGUUAAGUGGGGCACACGUGUGCAGGAUAUAUUUACUUACGCUAAAGUUGCUGCUCUUAUCGCCAUCAUCAUCGCCGGACUUGUUAAAAUCUGCCAGGGACACACAUGGCACUUUAAGAACUCUUUUGAGGGAUCCUCUACUGAUAUUGGAGAAAUCUCCCUUGCAUUAUAUUCCGCCUUGUUUUCUUACUCUGGCUGGGAUACGCUCAAUUAUGUAACAGAAGAAAUCAAAAACCCAGAAAGGAACUUGCCCCUGGCUAUCGCAGUGUCUAUGCCAAUUGUGACUAUUAUCUAUAUUAUGACCAAUAUAGCUUACUAUACAGUGCUGGAUGCUCAAGCUGUUCUCGCUAGUGAUGCUGUGGCAGUGACAUUUGCCGACAAGAUAUUUGGUAUAUUCAGCUGGACAAUUCCCAUUGCUGUAGCCUUUUCUUGCUUUGGUGGACUUAAUGCUUCAAUUCUAGCAUCAUCAAGGCUAUUUUUUGUAGGAUCUCGGGAAGGUCACCUUCCUGAUCUGUUGUCUAUGAUCCACAUAAAGAGGUUCACACCUGUGCCAGCUCUGCUCUUCAAUUGUUUUAUGACCCUUAUUUACCUGGCUGUGGAAGAUGUCUUCAAGCUGAUUAAUUACUUCAGCUUCAGUUACUGGUUUUUUGUUGGUCUCUCUAUUGCUGGGCAGUUAUAUCUACGUUGGAAAGAACCAGAUCGGCCAAGACCUCUUAAGCUGAGUCUGGCUUUCCCAAUAAUAUUCUGUAUAUGCACAAUAUUUCUGGUGGUAGUGCCACUCUAUAGUGACUUUAUAAAUUCCGUGAUUGGAAUUGCCAUUGCUUUAUCUGGAAUUCCAUUCUUUUUCUUGGGAGUCUAUUUACCUGCAUCAAGGAGACCUCAAUUUAUUAACAAGAUCAUGGAUGCAGUCACACGAAACAUGCAGCUGCUCUGUUACUGUGUUUUAACAGAGAUGGACCCAAAUGAGGAAAAGAAACCAGAAAUCAAAUCCAAGUAAAGUUUGAAGCCAUUACAAGAAGCAGGAGGGAGAAUAAAGGAAAUUACACAAAUGAAAGGGAAGAGCUGGAACUGGAAGACACAGAAAAACUGUUUUCGGUGGUCUUUCAGAAAUGCUGAAAAUGUUCUUACAUGCAGAUGGAUUCCAACAUGGAUCAUGCCCUUGUGUCAUCCUCCUAAACUGUGGCAUGUUUUCAAGGCAGGUUUUCAUUGGAUAAUGAUUACCUACUCAUUACCUACUCACACAAGCUGUGUGUCAAUACUGUUUCUUCUUCAGAAUUGGUAUGAAAAUGGUAAGAGCUAAUGGAUCAAAUUUGAUUUCUGCAGAACCAGGUGGUGAAGUAAUGCAUUAUUACAUCAGACUAAAACCCACUUUGACUCCAAAGACGAAGUCAUUUCCAGCUUAAUUCUGAUGGAUGCUUGCAUGAAAUGAUUUGCUGUACUAUCUCAGUUAUUUUCCCAGAAGAAAACUGGUCACAACAAACUACUUCAUUUUUUUUUCUUCCCCUGAUGAUAAAUUAAGUUCUGCUCCAUUAUUUAUAGACUGAACCAACCUUUCUCCCUUAAAGAUUUUAUUCUGUACGCUACAUGGAAAUGUACCCGACUGUGGCAAGGAUUUAAUCACUAAGCACCUUGCCACUGAAGAUUUGAUUAACGGUUGAUUUUUUUUCUUGUUAACUUGUUAGUACUUUGUAAAUUUCUGCUAGGUUUUAUGAAACUUCCAAAAUUAAAAUGUUCAGUUUGAAGCCUGUAAA